GCCUUUCCUAAACGGGGACUUCUCAGCCAGUUAGCAGUCAAGAUUCACAAAACGAAUAUCUGGCGUUAAAGGUUAUCAUCUGUGUCGCUCGAAUAAUAGAUUGAAGUCGUGUUUAUGUUUUUAAAAAUAUGCUUUUCCUCAUUUCUCAGUGAAUGAGUUAUUGUAUUAUACUGUAUUAAAGCCGAGGAUUAGCAACAGUUAGCAACCCGGCUAGCCUCUGGAGCUAGCUGCUUCACAAGUUGUUGAAGUCUGUUUGGAAUUAACCUGAGCUAGCUUUCGUUUUCCCCACAACAAACCUUACAGCUUGAAAUAUAUAAGUGACACGUCUACCAGUAUUACGACAAGUCCCGCCUCCUGAACUCGGAUUGGCUGAAAUCAGGAUUGGCACGGUCCAAUUGGGAGCCUGAAUGUGAGUAAGCAAUGUUAGCCAAUCAGAGCGAUGGAGACGGGAUCAUAGGAGCCAAUCCGAAUGCUGAAAUUUGUCUGAAAACGGGUGGAGACAAAUAACACAUCCGGCUAUGCUAAUAAAAUGCUAGGUCUGCUGAUAACCCAGGCUGAAUAAGAACCAUGAAGCUCUACAGCUUGUGUGUGCUGUACAAAGGCUCAACCAAGGCCAACCUUCUCAAAGCAGCCUACGAUUUGUCUUCAUUUAGUUUUUUUCAGAGAUCCAGUGUACAAGAGUUCAUGACGUUCACCAGCAGCCUGAUAGUCGAGCGCUCCUCAAUAGGAAGCCGUGCGUCUGUCAAAGAACAAGAAUACCUGUGUCAUGUGUACGUCCGGAACGACUGUCUCGGCGGAGUGGUGAUCGCAGAUAAUGAGUAUCCCUCCAGAGUGUGCUUCACUUUGCUCGAUAAGGUGUUGGAGGAGUUCGCCCGGCAAGUGAGCAGCAUCGACUGGCCCUCAGGCUCACCAAAUACUGUUCAGUACACUGCCUUAGACAGCUACCUGGCUAAGUAUCAGAACCCGCGUGAAGCCGAUGCCAUGACCAAAGUGCAAGCUGAACUGGAUGAAACCAAAAUUAUUCUGCACAACACAAUGGAGUCACUUCUGGAAAGAGGAGAAAAGCUGGAUGACUUGGUACAGAAAUCUGAGCACCUGGGAAACCAAUCAAAAGCCUUUUACAAAACGGCACGGAAGCAGAACUCUUGCUGUGAGGUGAUGUGACGUGAUGGAUCAGGCUCUCCUGGACCACUUUUUCUUUAUCUCUGUCCUCUGUCUUAUUUCUCUCUGUCCCUCUUGCAGCCUGGGCUCAGACACCGAGCAGACACAGCACUUCCAGAGACCUUGUAGUGAGUGUCGAGGAUAGAGAGAAUCCUGAAUUAUUAUUUUUUGUAUUGUAUUGUAUUCUUUCCCCCUCAGAUGGGUUUAGGGACUGAUUUCUCAGACUACACCACACUUAACUGCACCGUAAGAGGGUUCGCGCUUUCUUCCACGCUCUGAGACCGUUCGCUCAGGGACUGGUGUCCGCAGGGUUUAGGAUGGAAAAUGCACAGCACAAAGAGAAGGUCAAGACCUAAAGUCUCCAUUGUGCCUUACUUUAAGCGGCUGUGCAUUCAGUUUGACUGUUAGCCUUAAUUAUUAACCUUUCAAGUCAAGGGUUAUAGUAGGGGGGGAGAAGAACGUUGUCCUUUUUUUUUAAAUACUGAAAAUGCAUUGUGCAUGGGUGAUGAACAGGUUUGAAUGCUAAUGUCUUCGUGUGUGUACUUUAAAUUCUUUACCAAGUGUAUGGGUUUUUCUUUUUUCAGACUGGCUUUUACUUUGCCUACAUCCUUUAUCUUUGUAAAAUGUAAGCAGUUAAUAAAAAUGUACUGUACAUGUAGUUGUAUUUUCACAUUCCCAGCUUUAUUUGAAUAGCACUUAGGUGUUUAAAGGUAGUGAUUUUUUUUUUGGCUUUAUUAAUAGUCAGAUUUCAAGUGUGGUCUCGUCUGAAAUCAGUCCCUUCUCCUUCUUGAAUUACGUUUCGUAACAAACUAAUUCUCCAUCCGUGAUACUAAACGUUGACGUGAGUCUAGAAUCACAUUGGAUCUCUAAUGUUUCGAUUCCUUUCACCACAAGCUGCAGUUAUAAAACUACUAAAACUAUCUAAUCCUCAUCCUGAAAUGUUCGUUUUAGGAGCUUUAAAGCUCCUAAAAAUCCUGUUUGUACAUCAGAGAAGGGUUUAAGACUAUCAUAUCCAGACUGUGGCUGAUGUUUGUUUAAAAAUGACACCUGUGUUAUGUUUGGGUUUAUUGUGUGAACAUUCUUGUGAUUCCAUGGUGUUAAAACAAAUAAUUUUUUUUGGUGAGCUGAUGGCGUUUUACUUUAUGCAGAGUUGAUCAAUCCGUGUGGCUUGUGUGUGUCUCGAUGCAACGUAAAUCAAGAUGUUUCCUUGUCAGAAAAAUACAAGCUGCUCUGUGGUGCCUUUUUGGUAAUUGCCAAAUCCCUGCAGCUCAUUCAGUCUUAAUUUAUGAUUGAAUGGCACAAUAUACUCCUCUAUGUACAUUAAAAGUGUUUAUAGGCAACAUGUUGGGUGAUAUUGGCAUUAAAUAUACUGUAAAAUUUCAGUUCAAUGCACAGUUAAUUGCUUUGUACUGUAGAUUUGAUCUUAUUCCCGUCUUAAAUGUAUUCACUGUAUAAAUGUAUAAUUAACAUCAAUUGUAUCAAGUAGGAAAGUUCUUUGCAAUCUGUGAAAAUGAAAUAACACCAUGUUGCUGAA